AUUGGCGGAGACGGUUGCGCGUCGGGAGGCCCGAGCGGCCCAGCCCGUGGCCCGCUCCGUGUCAGUCAGUCAUGGAGCGGCUGCCUGGAGUCGCCGCCGCGGGGGUGGCCGGGCGCGGGGCGCGCGGUCCCGGCUGAGCCGGCAGCCGUCGGAGCGAGACCCCCUGUGGGAGAGACGACGGAGACGGAAGCAACGCGACCCCACUGGCGGCGGCGGCGGGAGCCGGGGCCGCCUGGGAUGUUCAGUCAUGAAACGAGUGCGCACCGAGCAGAUUCAGAUGGCAGUGUCCUGCUACCUCAAACGCCGGCAGUACAUGGACUCAGACGGUCCCCUCAAGCAAGGACUGCGGCUGUCUCAGACUACCGAGGAGAUGGCGGCCAGUUUCUCAGUUCAAUCAGAAUCUGGUUUUGCCAAUAUGGUGAAUGGAGCCCCUUGCCAGGGAGAACUCCAACAAUAUGAAGUACAGUUUGGACGACUGAGGAAUUUUCUCACUGAUUCUGAUUCACAGCAUAGCCAUGAAGUGAUGCCUCUCCUGUAUCCUCUUUUUGUCUACCUCCAUCUCAACCUGGUCCAGAACAGUCCGAAGAGCACAGUGGAAAGUUUUUACAGCCGCUUCCAUGGAAUGUUUCUGCAGAAUGCUAGUCAGAAGGAUGUCAUUGAGCAGCUACAGACCACUCAAACCAUCCAGGACAUCCACUCUAACUUAAAGCUCCGAACAUUCCUAGAUAACAAGUACGUGGUCCGUCUCCAAGAAGACAGCUACAACUACCUUAUCCGCUACCUCCAAAGUGACAACAAUACUGCCCUGUGCAAAAUCCUCACCUUACAUAUUCAUCUUGAUGUACAGCCUGCGAAGAGAACAGACUACCAGCUCUACGCCAGCGGUAGCUCUCCCCGCAGUGAGAGCAAUGGCUUAGAGCCCCCCGACAUGCCCAGUCCCAUUCUGCAGAAUGAGGCUGCCCUGGAGGUCUUGCAGGAGAGCAUUAAGCGUGUCAAGGACGGGCCUCCUUCCCUCACUACCAUCUGCUUCUAUGCCUUCUACAACACAGAGCAACUGUUGAACACUGCAGAAAUUUCCCCCGAUAGCAAGCUGCUUGCUGCUGGGUUUGACAACUCCUGUAUAAAACUUUGGAGUUUACGAUCCAAGAAAUUAAAAUCAGAGCCCCAUCAAGUAGACGUGUCUCGCAUUCACCUGGCUUGUGAUAUCCUGGAAGAGGAGGAGGAUGAGGAUGAUAGUGCAGGCACAGAGAUGAAGAUCCUGCGGGGCCACAGUGGACCAGUGUACGGCACAAGGUUCCUCACAGACAGCUCAGGGUUGCUCUCUUGUUCUGAAGACAUGACCAUCAGAUACUGGGACCUGGGGAGCUUCACUAACACUGUGCUGUAUCGAGGACACGCCUAUCCCGUGUGGGACCUGGACAUCAGCCCGUACAGCCUGUACUUCGCCAGCGGCUCCCAUGACCGCACCGCCAGGCUGUGGUCGUUUGAUCGGACGUACCCGCUGAGGAUAUUUGCAGGACACCUGGCAGAUGUGGACUGUGUCAAAUUCCACCCCAAUUCAAGCUACAUAGCUACAGGCUCCACCGACAAGACCGUCCGACUGUGGAGCACUCAGCAGGGGAACACAGUGAGGCUGUUCACGGGCCACCGCGGCCCUGUGCUUUCUCUUGCCUUUUCCCCCAACGGUAAGUACUUGGCAUCUGCUGGUGAAGACCAGCGGUUGAAGCUAUGGGACUUGGCAUCCGGGACCCUUUUUAAAGAACUGAGAGGCCACACAGACAACAUCACCAGCCUCAGCUUCAGUCCAGACAGCAGCUUGAUUGCCUCUGCCUCCAUGGACAACUCCGUGCGUGUCUGGGACAUCAGGAACGCUUACUGCAGCACGCCUGCCGACGGCUCCUCCAGUGAGCUCGUGGGCGUGUACAGUGGGCAGAUGAGCAACGUUCUGAGCGUGCAGUUCAUGGCCUGUAACCUCCUUCUGGUGACUGGAAUCACACAAGAAAAUCAGGAACAUUAAUUUUUUUUUUCUUUGUUGGAGUGGACUAGGGCAGUUGUGGUCGGCCUCCAAAGGUAGUCCUGCGGCAAGCUGAGAUUGAAUCACUGAGUGACUGAAAGAGCAUCCUCUUGCCCUCCUGGACACUCAGCCCAGGCAGGCCUCCCUCUGCUGAGCCCCACCGUGUGGAAGGAUUGCAGGGAAACGGAGAGUGGGGAGCGAGAAGGGAGGGUGGGGAGGGUGCUGAUGGCUGGUCACUAGAUUAAGAAUGAGGUGAUCCAGGGGCCGCUCAGGCUGUGGCCGAGAGCCCACUGUGACCUUGCACACGGAUACCUGCCUGUUGCUGUCCGGUUUUCCUCGCCUCCCCGGGCUGGGUCUGCUGGGGGACAGUGCAGAGCACUCUCAGGAGAAGCAGUGUGACAGGUGUCACACGAGCCCAUCCCUGGGUGGAAGGGAGGUCUUUACAGGUGGAGGGAUGUGGGGGCGGGAAGUAGGAAAGGGGAGGGAAUGGUCCUGGCAAAAAAAAAAUAAAAAGUCUUUCCUUUUCCGUAAGUACAGAGAGCCAGGAAUUUUUUUAUUGUUAUUAUAAUUAUUAUUAUUAUUGAGAAGAAGAAACCUAGCACUGGCAGAGGGAGCCUUCUCUGCUUUUACCUUUCAGGUUUGAUUCCUGGCACUGGCUGUGAUACUUGGAAUUUUGAGGUUCAGGGAAUUCAGAGAAUUUGGUAGCACAGUGUAUUGGGAAAAAGGGAAAUUUCAGGUGAUAGAUUGAGCACUCGGGUUGGUGUGUUCCUGGGAGCAGGCGGGUGGGUCUCACAGAACACUUGGGGUCUUGCAGUAAUGGUGGGAAAGAUUCUUUCCAUGGCUGCACUUCAAUUAAUCAUUUUCUCCCCUAAAAAAGAAAGAUUAUGAUAAUUCAAAACACACAAGAUUAAAUUAAAAUAUGGCAGAUUUCCGGAUGACCAUGUCUACAGAGCUGUGGCUCUUAUGAUGUCUUUUUUUCUGUGAUCUGCUCCCACCUCCUGCACUGCAAUAUCAGUUUAAUGAACACUUUGUGAAUCCUAAGUACAUACGCACGCAUAUCAAACUAUGCUCUGAGGAGAAAAGCAAGUUCUAAUUGUGGAAAAAGGAUUAAAUAUUUCUGUUUUCUGAAAAGAGUUAUUUUGUAUUUUGUUUUCUAUUAAAAUGUAUUUAGUUUC